UUGAUUUAAAUGUAGCGGGUUUGCAUAUUCGAUUUUAUAAACCUUUUAACUAGAUUUCAGUGUUGACUAAGGUUUAAGAAUUAAUUUCCUUGUGAAUGGCAAUUUGAUAUUUUUAAGUUGCGCUCUUCAGCCACACUAUUGCAUUGGCAACUUUUGGCGCUAAAAGCGGCGAUUUUAUUGAUUGUUUUUCUGUUUAUGUGUUAUUAUUGUUAGCCCAACAAAUGGGAAUUACCGGCCUGAUACCCUUCGUGGAGAAGGCCUCCUCGCGUCUGCAACUGAAGGAUAUUCGCGGCAGCACAGUGGCCGUGGACACUUAUUGCUGGUUGCACAAGGGAGUUUUCGGAUGCGCGGAAAAGUUGGCCCGCGGCGAGGAUACGGAUGUUUAUGUCCAAUACUGCCUGAAAUAUGUUCAAAUGCUACUAUCCUACGAUAUCAAGCCCAUCCUUGUGUUCGAUGGUCAGCAUUUGCCGGCCAAAGCGUUGACCGAAAAGAGGAGAAGGGAUUCCAGGAAGCAGAGCAAGGAAAGGGCGGCGGAACUCCUUCGAUUGGGACGCACUGAGGAGGCCCGAUCUCAUAUGCGCCGUUGCGUGGACGUCACUCACGACAUGGCCCUGCGGUUGAUCAAGGAAUGCCGCAGCCGGAAUGUGGACUGCAUUGUGGCACCCUAUGAGGCGGACGCCCAAAUGGCCUGGCUCAACAAAACCGAUUUGGCACAGUACAUCAUCACCGAGGACUCGGAUCUGACGCUGUUCGGGGCCAAGAAGAUCAUCUUCAAGCUGGACCUCAAUGGCAGCGGUUUGCUGGUGGAGGCCGAUAAACUUCACCUGGCAAUGGGCUGCAAGGAGGAAAAGUAUCACUUUGAAAAGUUCCGUCGCAUGUGCAUCAUAUCCGGCUGUGAUUACCUGGACUCACUACCUGGCAUUGGAUUAGCUAAGGCCUGCAAGUUUAUACUCAAAACGGAACAGGACGACAUGCGAAUAGCACUAAAGAAGAUACCCAGCUAUCUUAAUAUGCGCAAUCUAGAGGUAGAUGACGAGUACAUUGAGAAUUUCCUAAAAGCGGAGGCAACAUUCAAGCACAUGUUCAUCUACAAUCCUCUAGAGCGUCGCAUGCAGCGAUUGUGUGCCUUGGAAGACUAUGAAACCGACGAACGCUACUGCAGCAAUGCUGGCACAUUGCUGGAGGAUAGCGAUCAGGCUUUGCAUUUAGCCCUGGGCAACCUAAAUCCCUUCUCACUCAAGCGUCUCGACUCUUGGACACCAGAAAAGGCCUGGCCAACGACAAAGAAUGUGAAACGAGCCAAGCACAAGAGCAUUUGGCAAGGGAAUUUCCAAAAACAGAACCCUGCGACACCAAAGAAAGAAAAUUCGUGUGCAUUGUUCUUCAAAAAAGUGGAUUUUGUGAGCAAAACCGUUGACGAGGAGAUCGAGGCUAAUCAGAAAAUAGAAAAGGCCAAACAAACUGAGGCGCAGGUGUUUAACAUGUAUAGUUUUAAAGUGAAAAGAAAGAGGAGUCCGAGCAGGGAAGAAUCUAUUGAUCAAGAGCGCACACCUCCGCCGUCGCCAGUGCAAAAGAGUCGUCACAAUCCCUUUGCCAAGGAACGGACUGCAGACGAAGCUUCCCAGCGAUCUCCGGUGGUAUGUGAGAAUUCCUCCUUGCUGCGUUUGCUCAGUCCCAAGAAGGCAAGCCCUUUGGGCGGAGAAGCUGAUCAAACAAGGAUUAAUACUCUCAAAAGAAGCAUUUUCGCCAAAGAGCCAGUGCAGGUGCGAAGUCGCUUUUUUACAUCGCAGGCCGAACAGACAAGGCUCCAAAAGGAGCAGCCAAAGGACGAAGAAAAUGAAGAAAAGGACGAGCAGGAGCUGGACUCAAGCUCUAGCAAUAAAAAAUUAAGACUAGAAAAGAAUGACAGUGUAGUAAGUAAUCAAAAAAGACAAUGUUCUAGCUCGCCUUGCUGUGAGGAAGGAACGGAUACAGAAACCACUGCCUCUUCCCUUUUGGCAGCACAAGAAAAUAAUGUUCCUUCGCAUUCAGGAUCACAAGAAUAUCCAGCCACUUCUCAACCAGAAAACACAACUAAAGACACAGGAAUACGCAUUAAAUCCCUUGAUUUACUAGUAGACAACACUCUGGAAUCCACAGAUGCCGAUAGGAACAACAAUGAUGCCAUCAUCCUGCUAUCCGACGACAGCUGUAGUUCAGAGCAAACAGCCUCAUCCAUCUCAUCCUCCGCCCUGCAACGCCAGAAUUCCCUGCCAGCCAAUAAACGAAGAAUAGGACUGAGUAAACCCUCCACUGCCAAAAAAGCAACUCCCAAGUCCAAGACAAACGGCAAACUCGGAGUCGUGAGUGAGAAUCAAACCAAACUCAGCAUGUUUGGCUUCCAGAAGAGACCUGUUCUCAAAUAGAUUGCUAUUUCUAGACUGUAACCUUUUUGUACUUUAGAUUAAUCUAAUUUAUUAAAGUGAAGACUUGAACUGACUA